AUGCAGGCGUUGAGCAAGCAGCGGACGUGGGUCUUCCUCGUCGUCUACUCCCUCCUCCUCUCCUCCUCCUGGAACCUCCUCCUCUCCAUCCGCUCCUGGUACAACUCGGCGGCCGCCUCCGCCUCCUCCCGCGCCGCCGCCGGCUGGAAGGCCCUCUACGCCUCCGUGCUCUACGGAGGGGUCUUCGGCCUGCUCUCCAUGGGGGCGGCGCUGGCCGUGGCGGUGCCGGCCACGUUGGUCACCUGGAUCACGAUCCUCGUGCUACUCGCCCUCUUCAAGCUCCUCCUCCUCGCCUUCGGCCUCGGCCCCCUCUGCCCCUCCCUCCCCCUUCUCCCCUUCCUGUUCACCUCCUUCUUCCCUGUCAAGAUCCAAACCAAACCCAAGCCCAAACCUCCCAUCUCUUCAUCUUUAUCCACCCUUCACCGCCUCAUCACUGCCGUCAGGGUUCUCCUCUUGGCCACCAUCAUCUCCAGCUACCGCUAUAGUGAUAGAAUGCAUCCGUACCUCCUCCUCGCCAUCUACUGCUGCCACAUCUACCUGAUCCUAGUUCUCGGUCUCGCCUCCAUUGCCAAGAUCGCCACCGGUCUCCUUGGCCUCGAGCUGGAGCCCCAGUUCAACAACCCCUUAGGCGCCUCCUCCCUUCAGGACUUCUGGGGCCGCCGCUGGAACCUCAUGGUCUCUUCCAUCCUCCGCCCCUCCGUCUACGACCCCGUUCAAGCCCGCUGGGGGCUCGACGCUGGCAUCCUCGCCACCUUCUUCGUCUCCGGCCUCAUGCAUGAGCUCAUGUUCUACUACCUCACCUUGGCACUUCCCACCGGGGAGGUUACCGCGUUCUUCAUCCUCCACGGGCUGCUCACGGUGGCGGAGAGGAAGGCUCGGAAGGCCGGCUGGUGGCGGCCGCACCCCGUCGUGGCGGCGCCGCUUGCACUCGGGUUGAUCGUCGGCACCGGGUACUGGCUCUUCUUCCCGCCCCUCCUGAGAGGUGGGGCCGACGCGGUGGGGCUGGCGGAGUUUUCUGCUGUGAUGGGAGUUUUCCAAACCCCCUCCAAUAUCCCAUGUACUUUUUGCUGAUGACAUGCAAGUAGCAAGGGCGAUAGUAAAGGAUAGAAUUCUACUUAAAAUCCCUUGUUGAUGCUUGUUAAUUAUAGCCGGCCAAGCUAU